UUAUGAAAAGUGCUGUUAUUAUAAGAUAAUUACUUCCUGUGGUGUAAAUAUAUUAAAAUGUUUUGUUUUUGAGAUCGUUCACCUUAUAAAUUUUACCAAAAAAAUGUUGAAAUAGUUUACUUUUAUUGUUUAAGGUUUAUUAACUUAAAAAUAUAUACUUAGUUGAAGUAUACAUUAAAUUGUCAUUUUCGUUUUUUAUUAUACUUAGAGUAAGAUCCUAUUAUGUGAAAAAUAGUUGAGAAACUCUUGAAGAAUGUCUUAUGAGAUAAAACCAUUAAUAAGUAAUGUUUUGGAUUUAUUGAUGCAACAGCAUGUUGUUAUAUCGGGUGGAAAAGUACAAGAAGGUUAUCCAAUAUUAACGUUUCCAGAUACUGGUAAUUUUAUUGAAUUAUCUGCAGAAAGUUAUGAAAAAUUAAUAUCUUACAUUACCUCUGUACCUUCACUACAAGAAGUUGAUUUAGGUUUUGUAGCUGUUGUUGACCGCAGAAAUGACAAAUGGAGUUCAGUUAGAUGUGUUCUUUUGCAACUAGCUGAGUUUUUUCCUGGUCUUCUUCACACUGUAUAUGUAAUAAGACCUAGCGGUUUUUUGCAAAAAGCUAUAUCAGAAGUCAGUAAUAAGUUUUUCAAGGAAGACUUCAAAUUUAAAGUAGUUAUUUGUAGUACUAUUGAAGAACUACAUGAUUAUGUAGAUUUAACUGAACUAACAGUGGAGCUUGGUGGAACAUUACCAUAUUUUCAUCAGUACUGGAUACAACAAAGAAUGGCAUUAGAAAGUUUUUCAAUUGAAACAUAUGCUGUAUCAUCAAAGCUAAAUGAGUUUACUGAACGACUAACUGUUGAUACAACAGAUCUACCAGAUACUAAAGAGCAAGCAGCAGAUAUCUUAUUUUGUCAUUCAUUAGAAUUCAGUAAACUGAAAAAGCAUAUUUCUGAAGCUGUUAAAAAGGGAGAAUCUUUAUUAAAUGAUUUUAAACAAGAUACUGAUACAUAUCAUGGCACUAUACCUUCAACUGUUACAAAUGUGGCUGCUCUUGAAAGAUUAUUGGUUCAAAUGGAUGAGACUGAAAAAGUAUUUGAUAAUUUUUGGGAGCAAUUUUCUGGUAGAUUAAAACAAUGCCAUUCUUUAAGAAUUUUCGAAGAAAACUUCAAUAUUGUUCAAAGUUCAUUAAAUAAACAUUUAGAACAAUUAUCUGAAAUGACAGAUGUUGGAGAUUCAGUUGAUAGAGUAGAAAUACUAUUAGAAGAAUUAGUUGCAUUUCAGAAAUCAAGUCUUGAAAAAAUGAAAAUGAGUGAAGAAUUACUACAUAAUGGCGGAGAAUUAUUAACAUCAAAACGUUUUAUAGUUUUAGAAAGUGUUCAACCUAAAUGUGAUGAAGUUCAAAGACUUACACAGACACUUAAUGACAGAUUAGAAAAACGUUUACAGACAUUAACUAAAAGUUGUGAACUACAAGCUAGAAUUCAAAAAGCUAGUGAGUGGUGUGCUAAGGGUGUUAAAUUAUUAGGAUCAGAACCUGGGGAUAAAUGCAUAAGUGCUGAACAAGCCCUUGUGGAGUUAGAAGAAUUCAUGAGUAGUGCUCAUCAUCUCAAAGUAGAAAGUCCUCGAGAGUUUUAUUCUUUAUUUGAAGAUACCAUUACUCCAGAAACCAAACCAAUAGUGACACAAGUGCUUCAAAGGCUUGAUGAUGUUACGACUAUGUGUGAUAAACGUUUAGCUAGUCUUAAAAGACUGAUAAAUAAACCAAGACCUGUACAAUCAGUUAAUCCUGAACCUGCUAUUCCUAUUCAUUUAUCUAAUGCUGCAAAAUUGUCUAAUAUUGAAGAUAAAAGUAAUGCAGAUAUUCAUCACAUAGAAGAAAUAAAUGCUUCCAAAACUAAACAUGUUCUUACUGAACUAUUGUACACUGAACGGCAGUAUUCUACUGAGUUAGGUAGUAUACUUAAGGGUUAUAAAGAUAAAAUGGAACACCCAGAAAUGAAAAAUUUGGUACCAACUUCUUUAAAAGGAAAAAGUGAAAUUUUAUUUGGAAAUAUUGAGAGUAUUUAUAGUUUUCAUAGUCAGUUUUUCUUACCAGCAUUAGAAAACUGUUCUACAAGCACAGAAUCAGUAGCAGUUUGUUUUACAGAUAAUAGAGAGAAACUUCUUCAGCUUUAUACAUAUUAUUGUGUAAAUCUUGCGAGGUCAGAGGAAUUAAGAGAGACUGUUGGUGAAAAUAAUUCAUUUUUUAAAACUUGUCAAGAAAAACUUGGACAUCGUUUACCAUUAGGAGCUUAUUUAUUAUUACCUAUGCAAAGAAUAACCAAAUAUCAACUUUUAAUUAAAGAGUUGUUAAACAAUGAAAGAAAUUCAAAUUGUAUAAAUAGAUUACAAAAAGCUCUGGAUUGCAUGCUGCUUGUUCUCAACAAUGUUAAUGAUAACAUGCACCAGAUUGGAAUAACAGGUUAUCAUGGGGAUUGGAAUGAUUUGGGUGGAUUACUUUUACAAGGGUCUUUUUCAGUUUGGGUUGAAAAUAAAAAAGAUAUAUUAAAAGAGUUAAGACUGAAACCUAUGAGGCGUCAGAUAUUCUUGUAUCAACAAGGACUACUGUUAUGCAAAAAGGUAUCCAAAGAAAACAAACCAAUGUAUCACUUCAAAAAAUUUUUAAGAAUGGAAAAUAUUGGUCUAACUGAAACUGUAAAAGGAGAUGUAACCAAGUUUGAGGUAUGGUUAGAAGGGCGUCAAGAAGUUUACACAAUUCAAGCUUCUAAUAUACAGCAAAAACAACAAUGGGUUUCUGAAAUAAAACGUGUUUUACUUGAGCAGUUAGCAGAAUUAAAAGGUGAAAAAAUCAAACAAUAUAUAAGUGCUUUUGGAAAACAUGUAAAUUUAAGGCAAACUCAGUCAUUAGAUAAUCAAAGUGAUUCAAAUUCACAUCGGGGAAGACGCCCUCUUAGCCAUCAUGAAACUACUGAUGAUGAUUCUUCUGAUUACAGUUUAAGUGAUGAUGAAUCUCUUGAUGAAACUAUUAAACAAAAAGUUAACAGUUACAUUUCAUUAGCUGAUUAUAAUGCUCUACGACCAACUGAUGCUACCCUAAAAAGAGGAGAUAAAGUGGAUCUCUUAAAAGCUGGUUCAAGUAGUUGGUGGUAUGUCAAAGUUCACGGAUCAAAAACAGAAGGAUGGGUUCCUGCAGCUCAUUUAGAGAUUAGUGGUCGAAAAUCAUCCCACAGUUCACAAUCACUUUGUAGUCAUGGUUCAACUUCUACUGAUUAAUACUUUUUGAAAUAGAGUGAUAUGUAUUAAAAAUUUUGUGAUAUUAAGUAUUUAAAAUUUAUUUAUGAAUGGAUAGGUUAAUAAAUAAAAAAAAAACUGAUGUUCGAAUCAUGAAAUGUCAUAUUCUCAUAAAAUAAAAUAAAAUAAAAAUAAUUUUUUAUAUAUUAUUAGAGCUGUUUGUAUUCAAAGCAAAGUAACUUUUUUUAUUUUUUUUUAUCUUAUAUAUUAAACCAAGUAUUCAUCAAUUACUAAAAUAUUUAAAACUAUUAA